AUGAAGAAGCAGAGCGACGUGUUCGAAAUCUCCGGUGAUGAUGAUAUAGAUAGGCUCAGCAAUUUGCCAGAUUUCUUGCUAUGUCACAUUCUCUUGAAUCUUCCCACAAAAGAUGUGGUUAAGAGUAGUGUGUUAUCCAAAAGAUGGAGAGAUCUGUGGCCAUUAGUACCUGGAUUAGACUUGAAGUCCGGUCAUUUCCCGGCUUUUGUGACUUUUGUCGAUAGAUUUCUCGGUUUUAAUCGUAGGUCACGCCUGCAAAAGUUGAAGUUGGAGUCUCAAUCUCAUGUCAUUUGGUGGAUCAACACUGUACUUAAGCGGAAAAUUCAACAUCUCCAUGCCAUCUAUAAUUUCUCGAGAUGUGAAGGUGUACCACUAUUUCGUAAUCUAUCGCUCUUGCAUGUUCAGUUCGACGACUACAGGUGGGAAACGUUGCCAAUCUUUCUUGAGAGCUGCCCGAAUCUAAAAUCUCUCCUUGGUUAG